AUGGAGUUUGAAAAAGUUUGGUUUCGGGAAGCGCGGCACAUCGAGGAGAUUAACGCUACUGAAAGUAAUGUAGUAGACAAAGAACUCUGGUAAGGAGACCAUUUAUUAUUUAAUUAAAAUUUUAGGAGAAAACCGAAAGAUCGGACAAAGACGGUCUCUGUUGCCUUGGUUUUAUGCCUGAAUAUUGCUGUUGAUCCUCCCGAUGUUCCACGAACUGCAAAUGGACCAAGGAAACAGGCUUGGGUUGAACCAGUAUUAUGUAGUCCUCAAAAGUCGGCAAACAAAAUCGCCAUCAGCUUGCAAAGCAACUAUGAGAAGCUGCAACCACGAGCACGGUAAGAUGAACGUUCAAACCGUUUUAGUUUAAAAAAAUUAUUUUAGGUAUAAAACUGCUAUUGAUCCAACAAUAGAAACUGUUAGAAAAUUGUGUCAAAAUCUGCGAAGAAACGCAAAAGAAGAACGGGUUCUGUUUCACUUCAAUGGACAUGGUGUUCCCAGGCCUACCGAUGCGGGAGAGAUCUGGGUCUUCAACCGGACCAUCACUCAGUAUAUUCCUUUAUCCUUGUAUGAUCUCCAAUCUUGGAUGGGAAGUCCAUCAGUCUAUGUCUGGGACUGCAAUUCGGCUGGGACAAUUGUCAACAUGUUCACUCGGUUUGCUGAAGAACAACAAAUCAGAGCACUUCAGGCUGGUUCCAGAGAGUGUAAAUUGGAUGUGGGUUCUUGUUUUGCUGUUUGAGAUUUUUCUUCUUGCCUCUUCUAAUUCUGUUUUUUAGGAGACCAUUCAGAUGGGAGCGUGCAGAGCUGGGGAACUCCUUCCUCAGCAUCCCGAUCUCCCGGCUGAUCUUUUUACUUCAUGCUUGACAACUCCAAUUCAAACUUCUUUACUUUGGUAUAUGGUUAAAACAGGGACCAAAGGAAAGUAUCCGGCGGAUAUAAUCGAGCAGUUACCUGGCCAAUUAACCGACAGGAAGACGGUUCUUGGAGAACUGAAUUGGAUUUUCACUGCAAUUACUGAUACAAUGGCAUGGAAUGCGCUGAGCACUGACACUUUUCAACGACUUUUUAGACAGGUAAGAUGACUAUGAUAUUCUUAUGUUGUUCUUUAGGAUCUUCUGACCGCUUCUUUAUUCCGUAGUUUUCUAUUAGCAGAACGAAUAAUGUUGGAAAAUAGUUGUCAAGUUAUCAGUCAGCCUUCUCUUCCCUCAGUGGCCUCUCAUCCGUUAUGGGAAUAUUGGGACUACACAAUGGAUAUCUGCUUGAACAAUAUCUCAAAUCUUCGAUGCCUUAAACAAAAUAUCUUAUGCUUGGGAAGAAACGAAUUCUUCGUUCGCUCAUUCUUGAAACAUGAUUGUAAGUGUUUUUUUUAUACAAAUUUUGGCUUUAGUGCUUGUCGAGAUCCAACCGUUGGAUUCGGAAGAUGCCAGUAACUUCUUUGUGGAUCAUCUGAAAGCUUUCGAAGUUUGGCUCAAAUUCGGAGUGGAGAAGAAGAGACCUCCAAGUGAGCUGCCGGUUAUACUUCAAGUCCUUCUGAGUCAAUCACAUCGAGUUCAAGCCCUUCAAUUAUUGGCGAAGUUCGUUGAUCUCGGUGCUUGGGCGGUGGGGGCAGCUUUGUCAGUCGGAAUUUUCCCGUAUGUCCUGAAGUUACUCCAAAGUGUUGAUCCCCAUCUCCGAGGUCCUCUGGCUUUUAUUUGGGCCAAGAUCUUAUGUGUUGAUCCUGAAUGUCAACAUGAAUUGAUCAAGGAGAAUGGUUACUUCUACUUUAUCCAGAUCCUCAAUGACAGUAACACCAAACCCAGAAUGAAGAUUGUCCCCGCUUUUGUGAUGGCCACAUUGAUCGACAAAAGAUGUCGCAUAGCCCAGGAGAAAUUAGUGCAAUCAGAUUACAUGACUCUGUGCAUGGAAUUAUUGGCAAGUAAUGAUGUGAUCAAGUGUAAGAUGUUAUGUCUUUGGUUGUUGAUUGGACUCGGUCGUUUAUGGGCUGAAUACGACAAGGCUAGAUGGAAUGCGAUUCGAAAUGUUGCUUAUGAAAGGGCUAUGGAUUUCUUGACAGACGAAUUGCCUGAGGUCAGAGCAGCUGCUGUUUAUGCACUCGGGUGUUUUGUGAGGAAUCGCUCGGUUAAUAAUGAACACGCGACUACUGUAAGUUUCGCUUGUCUGAAAUACAUCUUUUAGAUUGACAACGAAGUUUGUGACAAGAUGUGUGAACAAUGCACAUUCGAUGGGUCAGUUCUGGUCAGAGCGGAACUUGCAGUAGCCAUUCAAUGGUUCCUGAUUGACUUCGAACAACGAUUUUCUGAAUUAUUUAUCCAACUCAACAAGGAAUUCUUUGCCAAACAAUUUGAGAACAUGGAGGUAUGUAUGGAAUUGCGUGUAACUAUGUUUUUUUUUACUUUAGAAAGCACACGCAAUGGAAGCAAAUGGAAAUCUGAGACCAUCGGAAUCGAAGGCAGUCAUACAAUUUGGCGACGAUGACGAAACCUUCCCGGAACAUCUAAAGUAAGCAUUCUUUGAUAUCAGUUAAUUUUAUAAUUUUAGACAAAUGGUGUAUUCGAAUAUGAAAUAUCUGGAGAACAAGGCGUUUAAUGAUCCCUUCGAGAGGAUAUGGUUAUCCUUGUUGUAUCUCUGCUUUGAUUCUUUUCCGUAUGUUGCUACCAUGGCUCGGGUAAGUAUGACAUGCGGGUAUAGAUGUGGUUGCAGAGAUUAAUCAAACAUAUCCACGAAUUGGCCACUCAUAAUCGAGAGCACAAGCUGAAGAAGAUCAAGAGUUCGGCAUCUCCCGACUUUAAGAUUGAUAAGAUGAUAUCUGACAGGAAUCCAAGGGUUAAAUUCUCCAUUGGUUCUCCGAUGUCUGGGAUGGAUCAGGUAUAUUUGGAAGUGUAAAUGAAUUGUAAUCCUCUGAUUUAGAAAGAAGUAGAACAGCUGAAGAAAUGCGCCUCUAUCAAUGACAUGUUAAACAAUGGACUCUUACAGACUUCGUCAACGUCGUUCACCCCGAAGAGGAAUGUAGGUAAAUAGAAGAUGAUGUAUUUAUUUAUUGUAUUUUAGAUUUACGGAUCUCAGUCUGGAAGGUAUACAAGGGUCAGCGAAGAAGUCGUCGAUCAGCCAGUAGAGGCCCUGGUCACUACUCAGUUCUCGGAAUGGUGUUCCAAAUCAUUCCAAGAGCCUAUUUUCAAAACAAUUUAUGAAGAAGUCUCUACUUCAACCAGGAACUCUUUGGUCGACGGAUCUUCUCCGUUUACGAAGGCGAAGCCCACCGAUUGGGCUCUCCAUACCUACGAAGGCCUUAGACAGAAGGCGGCAGCUGAUGUGGAACUCUUCAAGAAUGAGGUGAGUCCUUUCUUUUACUUUUCAUUGGCCAAUGUAUCGAUCUGAAAUUUUAGAAGAUUAAAUGUGAUGUGCAACAUGUCAAUAUCACCGUUCAAAAACCUCAAACGAGCAUGGUUUGGAGUGUUCUAAGACCGUAUCUCUUCACAUGCGAUGGCUCUGUGGUAUCCAUCUUCAAUGCAGACAAAGUCCACAACAUUUCUCCUUUGAAGGCCUCUUUCGAUGCAUCAACGGAGGGUAUAUUAGGAGACACGAUAACCGAUCUCAUGGUUUCCAAUGGCCUCACUCACGAACUGUUGUUGACUGGGUCCAUGAAUGGAGUUCUCAAGGUAUGGGAUCCAAUGUUCCAUGAACAUGGUCAUGAGAUCAAAGGAGAACCACAGUUGAUAACUACAGCACAUUUGAUGAAAGACCAAAGUCGAAUUAAGAUUGGAAAAGAUAACAACAAAAACUUGACGUUGUACAGGUAAAUAUCAAGUUUGUUGUAACGAUUAAGGUUUAGAUGGGACCAAGAAUUUGGAAGACUUGUGACCUCAGGAAAUGUAAGAAUCUGUAGGAUUUGGGAUGCAUGGGCCGAGCAAACCCAAAGGGAUAUCAAUCUGAAGACGAAGAACGAAGUUGUGUCGGCGUUAUCCGUCAGUCUGACAAGUAAUCUGAUAAGUUGCGGUAAGUUGUUAGCUGUGCUACAGGUGACGUGCUACAAGUGCGACGCUCAGAUUUUAAAAAAAUUUGGCGCAAGUUUAGAUGCACUUUUUCUAACGUGUAUGCAAGACUUCUAGCCCGUGCUUUGUAGAAACGACCGGCAUUUUUCACUCGAAAUUUUGCAAAAAAUAUGACUCUACUAAUUUUGGCAUGACAAGUGCAGUUAAAGAAAAUCUGUACGCCGCGCUUGGACUACUUCUCUUUCUAAUUCGAUGAAAAUUUUAUUUUUGUUGCUUAUAAAAUUUUCAGGUUUCCGAGAUGGUGUCGUUAAUGUCCUCGAUAUCCGAUUGCCUCCGGAGGAAUGUGAGAUAAUGAAGUUCCACGAUUUCCGGUCGACCAUUCUUGGAUCAGCGAUCACCCCGGACAACCAAGGGAUCAUCGUGGGAGCGGCUGAUGGAGACUUCCGAGUCUGGGAACCUCGGAUGUAUCAAGAGCCGGUGGUCGAGUUCAAUGUCUUCAAGGACACAUUCGCCUCCCCUCCCCCAACCAUGAGGUUCACUUCCAUCCAGAAACAGAAAACUUUCCAUUCAGUUUAUGCAUUGGACAUACAAUCUUAUGGCCAACUUAUUUCUUGUGCAACCAGCGAUGGAUUUGUUCGUCUCUUUGAUGUUUGUGGAAAGAAAUGCUUGGCCCAUACCAGAUACGGGCCUGAGUCUACCAAAGUAGGUCCGUCGUCGGUUCGAUUCCACUCACACAAGGUGAUAAUUGGGUUCGGGAAUGAGAAAUCGGUCUGUGCCUUCGGGGCACCCAAUUUUUAA